AUGGAUUUUAAUCUUAUCCAAUUAAAACCUAUUGGAUCGGUCUGUUACGAGCCAGAUCUGAAUCACCUCGCCUGCGAGGAAGUGAUGCGCCUUUCGAAAGACAGUGGAUGGAGGGCGGCCCAACCCGGUGCAUUGCAGGAUUGGGUGUGGGAGGCUGGCCAGUCCGAUGAAGAGGCAUGUCCAUUAGGAUCCCAAAUGGCGAACCACACUUCGUGUCACCAGGGGCGCAUUCCUCUCUACUCGGCGAUGGUGAAUUCAGCCAAGCACGUUCAAGAAGCGGUUUUGUUUGCCUACCAGCACAACCUUCGCCUAACCAUUCGUAACACGGGUCAUGAUCUGGCCGGACGAUCUGGCUCCGCCAACUCGUUGCAGAUCAACACCCAUCUCCUGCAGGACACCCAGUUCCACAAGGAUUUCCAACUUCACAGUUCCCGUAAAUCCCUUGGACCAGCGGUGAGUAUUGGGGCCGGUGUGAUGAUGGGAGACCUCUAUGCUAGGGCAGCUGCUAAGGGCUAUAUUCCGGUCGGCGGCGACUGCCCCACAGUGGGAGCUGCAGGCGGGUUUCUCCAAGGAGGAGGAGUCUCCGACUUUCUGAGUCUGCACCAUGGACUGGCAGUUGAUAAUGUUCUGGAAUUUGAAGUUGUGACCGCCAGUGGUGAACUUGUUCUAGCCAAUUCUAUACAAAACCCGGAUCUAUUUUGGGCACUGCGAGGAGGCGGUGGUGGUACAUUUGGAGUCGUUACUCGAGCCACUGUUCGGGUUUUCACUGAUGUCCCUGUCGUGGUUGCCGAACUCGGUUUUCGGAGACCCCAUUCUCAUGCGGAUUGGUCUCAAACGCUUGCGUUAUUUUUUACCAUCUUGCAGUCCCUAAACCGUGAAAAUGUUGGUGGCCAGCUGGUCAUUGCUGUCCUGCCUGAGCAGACCAUCCAGGCAAGCCUCAAGAUGUUCUUUCUCAACCAGACCGAGACUUUGAAAGUCGAUCAGCGCAUGCAGCCAUUUGUCAACGAAUUGAAUCAUAUAGAGAGACAAGCGACGUAUAAAUCAACCGAAUUCUCCACGCUCAGCAGCAACUAUCGACAAGUCCCCGACGUUCACACCGAUAACGACUACGGUGUGCUUGGGUCCACGGUUGCGAUUUCCAAUCAACUAUUUAACGCUUCCGAGGGACCCGCUCAUGUAGCACAGGCUCUGGCGAGACUCCCCCUUUCCUCGGGUGAUUUGCUGUUUACCAGUAACCUGGGAGGGCGGACCACGGAAAAUGGAAACCUCGUCAACACAUCCAUGCAUCCGGCUUGGAGGGCUUCGGCUCAACUGAUCAACUUUGUGCGGCCCGUCGAUCCGUCCAGUAAAGGACGAGCGGAUGCAUUGCAUAACCUAAACAACAUUCACAUGCCCUUACUUUACGCGAUUGAUCCAGGAUUCCGGCUAUCAUAUCGAAAUGUGGGAGAUCCAAGCGAGAAAGAUUUCCAGCAGGUUUAUUGGGGGAAGAAUUACGCCCGUCUUUCACAAGUCAAACGCACGUGGGACCGGAAUGGACUGAUGUUCAGCAAAUUAGGGGUAGGGAGUGAGGAAUGGGAUUCGGAGGGCAUCCAAUUUGAGGAAUCCAUUCCCGAUCAAGUCACAGCUGGGCUGUCAAAGACGUGCAAAACCCUCCCAGCUCUUCUGUUCUACAGUAGUGAGGGGAUCCGACACUGGAUUCGACAUUCUACCGCCCCGGACUUUUACCCACGACAUGAAGAACUGCGCAUACUCCGUGCCCGAGCGACGGAAAUGGCCGCAUCGAUUGCCAACAACAGUGUAGUGGUCGAUCUCGGAAGUGCAAGCUUGGACAAAGUUCUACCUUUGCUGGAAGCGUUAGAGGCAGCGAAGAAGAGCGUCACAUUCUACGCGCUCGACCUGAACUUUUCGGAGCUGAAGUCUACCCUAGAGGCUCUACCCGUAGAGCGGUUUAAGUCUGUGCAAUUUGGUGCACUGCAUGGAACAUUCGAAGACGGGGUGCAGUGGUUGAAAAAUACCCCGGGAGUGCAGGACUUACCACACUGUCUCCUAUUGUUCGGGCUGACGGUGGGCAACUUCUCGCGGCCCAACGCCACCAAAUUCCUCCAGGACAUUGCAUUGGGAGCGCUGGCCUCCAGCUCAGCUCACAGUUCUAUCCUCCUAAGUUUGGACAGUUGCAAAUUCCCAACGAAAGUGCUGCGCGCCUAUACGGCCGAAGGUGUGGUCCCCUUUGCGCUGGCGUCGCUCAAGUACGGGAACACGCUGUUUGCUUCAGUUGGGGAGGACCGUCCAGUCUUCCAAGUUGACGACUGGCAUUUCCUCAGCGAAUGGAACUACGCUCUGGGGCGGCAUGAGGCGAGCCUCAUCACCAAAGGGCGAGAUAUAAGGUUGGGCUCUCCCUUGCACCACAUAGUUGUGGAAAAGCACGAGAAGGUCAGGUUCGGGUGCAGCUACAAGUACGACGCGAGCGAACGAGAAGAUCUGUUUAGGUUGGCCGGAUUGGAUAACGUGGGCGAGUGGUCGUUAGAGGGGUGUGAUGUUGCGUUCUACCAACUCAGACUAUGUCCAAAUUGA